UCUCCUCUGCCUGGCGUGCGUCUCCUCCUCCUCUCCUAGCCACUGCACCGUGCUGCAUACAAAGAGCCCCGGGCAGUGAGAGGAGCCCGGCGUGCCACUGUUAGCACGGGGAGCUAACGCGACGCCACAGCCUCCAUCAUAAGCCACAGAGGAAAUAAAAGGAGGGCACCUGAGGGGGGCUCUGAAGGGAAACAGAAAGGGGCUAAUUCAUUGCGACAUUAGGCCAAAUUGAAAUGCUAAUGAGCGGCAGGGAGCUGUGCGGUCAAGCUGCGUCGCUACGCUAAUCGUCACUUACCAGGAACCGCUAAGCCGCCUGGCAGUCUGCCGAGCACCGGCACCCAGAACCCCACGCACACGCCACAUAAACACAGGACCGGGACGGCUCCAGACGUUAUUAGGCCGUUUUGAUGACGCGUUGAACUCGGGCAACAUGGCGCUCAGCCCAAGUCAUGACCGGAGCUUCGAGGAUGACGACAGCGUGGACGGGAACCGGCCGUCCUCGGCGGCCUUCAAGGUGCCCAAAGUCCCCAAGAAGCCUGCAGAGUCUGCAGCCGCCCGUCGGCCCAGCGCCACCGGCUCCAAGCUGGCGGCCAAGGAAGGAGGAGCUGGGGGCAUCGACGAGGAGGACUUCAUUAAGGCCUUCACAGAUGUCCCCCAAGUGCAGAUCUACUCGGCCAGGGACCUGGAGGACAACCUGAACAAGAUCCGCGAGAUCUGCUCCGACGACAAACACGACUGGGACCAGAGGGCCGCUGCUAUGAAGAAGGUGCGCUCUCUCCUGGUGGCCGGUGCGGCCGACUACGACUGCUUCUACCAGCACCUGCGUCUGCUGGACGGGGCCUUCAAGCUGUCCGCUAAGGACCUGCGCUCGCAGGUGGUGCGCGAGGCCUGCAUCACCGUGGCCAACUUGUCGAUGGUGCUGGGGAACAAGUUUGACCAUGGAGCAGAGGCCAUCGUGCCCAUCCUUUUCAACCUCAUCCCCAACUGUGCCAAAGUCAUGGCCACGUCCGGGGUGUUCGCCAUCCGCUUCAUCAUACGCCACACUCACGUUCCCAGGCUCAUACCCCUCAUCACUAGUAACUGUACGUGCAAGUCCGUGGCAGUCCGAAGGCGCUGCUUUGAUUUCCUGGACCUGCUGCUACAGGAGUGGCAGACCCACUCUCUGGAGAGACACACAGCGGUUCUCGUCGACAGUAUCAAGAAGGGACUGGGAGAUGCAGACUCUGAGGCUAGAGUUGAAGCUCGCAAGGCCUACUGGGGUCUGAGGAACCACUUCCCGUCAGAGACCGACGCCCUGUUCAACUCCCUGGAGCCGUCGUACCAGCGCACCCUGCAGUCCUGCCUGCGCAGCUCCGGCAGCGUGGCCUCCCUGCCCCAGAGCGACCGCUCCUCCUCCUCCUCCCAGGAGAGCCUCAAUCGCCCUCUAACCUCCAAAUGGUCAGCCGCCCCGGGGAGAGUCCGCGUGGGGUCAAAGCCUGGCCUGUCGCCGGCCUCCCUGCAGCGUUCCCGUAGCGACGUGGAUGUGCACGCGGCCGCGGUCGCUAAGCACCGGAGCUUGGGCCAGGCCCGGGCGGCGGGCAGACUGACCCCCGGCUCCUAUUCAUCACUGGAUGAUGCCUCUGAUAAACCGGAUGGGACCAGAUCAGACAAUGGCCGCUUGAGGACCAAGCAGCCUCUGUCCACCCCCAGCGCCGCCACCAUCAGCAGCCAGGUGGACUCCCGGGGCCGCACCCGCACCAAGAUGGUGUCCCAGUCCCAACGUUCUGACGAAUCGGAUUGCACGCCAGGAUCUCAGUCUGCUACCCCCAUUGGUGCCGGCAGUCGCAGCGGAUCCCCCGGCCGCGUGCUGACCACGACGGCCCUCAGCACCAUGAGCUCCGGGGCCCAGAGGGUCCUGGCCGGGACCGGCGGGGCCACGGCCCCCGGACACAGACGCAGCCGCAUCCCCCGGAGCCAAGGCUGUUCCAGGGACUCCUCCCCCACCCGGCUGUCUGUCGCUCCCUCCAGCAUUAGUUCCAUCUACAACGGAGCCAGCAGAGGAGCUCGAGGCAGUCGUAUCCCCCGGCCCAGUAUGAGUCAGGGCUGCAGCCGGGAGGCCAGCAGGGAGAGCAGCCGUGACACCAGCCCCAUUCGCUCCUUCACACCCCUGGCAGCACGGAGCUAUUCUCGCUCCACAGGGGCUCUCCACACACCUGAUACUUUUGGGGCUGCAGGGACGACAGGGUACAGCAUUAGUCAGUCCAGUCGCUUGUCGUCUUCGGUCAGCGCCAUGAGGGUCCUGAACCAGGGCUCCGACAUCGAGGAGGCGGUCGCAGACGCCCUGCUGUUGGGAGACAUGCGCUCUAAGAAGAAGCCUGCGCGGCGGCGCUAUGAGAACUACAGCAUGUACUCUGACGACGACGCCAACAGCGACGCCUCCAGCGCCUGCUCGGAGCGCUCCUACAGCUCCCGCAACGGGGGGGCCAUCCCCACCUACAUGAGGCAGACGGAGGACGUGGCCGAGGUGCUGAAUCGCUGUGCCAGUGCCAACUGGUCCGAGAGGAAGGAGGGACUGCUGGGACUGCAAGCGCUGCUCAAGAACCAGCGCACUCUCAGUCGAGUGGAGCUGAAAAGGUUGUGUGAAAUCUUCACCAGAAUGUUUGCAGACCCACAUAGUAAGGUGUUCAGCAUGUUCCUGGAGACCCUGGUGGACUUCAUCCUGGUCCACAAGGAGGACCUGCAGGACUGGCUCUUCGUCCUGCUCACCCAGCUGCUGAAGAAGAUGGGCGCCGACCUGCUGGGCUCCGUCCAGGCCAAGGUCCAGCGGGCCCUGGACGUCACGCGCGAGUCUUUCCCCAACGACCUGCAGUUCACCAUCCUCAUGAGGUUCACCGUGGACCAGACGCAGACCCCUAACCUCAAGGUGAAGGUGGCCAUCCUGAAGUACAUUGAGACACUGACCCUGCAGAUGGAGGCGCCGGACUUCGUGAACCUCAGCGAGACACGCCUGGCCGUCUCCCGCAUCAUCACCUGGACCACGGAGCCCAAGAGCUCCGAAGUCCGGAAGGCGGCCCAGGCGGUGCUGAUCUCCCUGUUCCAGCUCAACACCCCAGAGUUCACCAUGCUGCUGGCUGCGCUGCCCAAGACCUUCCAGGACGGAGCCACCAAGCUGCUGCAGAAUCACCUGAGGAACACCGGGAACGCUGCCCAGGCCACCAUGGGCAGCCCCCUGACGCGCCACACCCCCCGCUCGCCGGCCAGCUGGACUAGCCCCCUCACCUCCCCCACCAACACCUCCCACCAGAACACGCCGUCGCCCAGCGCGUUCGACUACGACACGGAGAACAUGAACUCGGAGGACAUCUACAGCUCUCUGAAGGGCGUGACCGAUGCCAUCCAGAACUUCAGCGUGCGUAGCCAGGAGGACAUGAACGAGCCCGCCCGCCGGCGGGAGGGGGAGGAGCAGGGCGGCAGCGGACCAGAGGGCCGGCCGGGGGACGGGGUGGACGGCGGCCGCAUGGCGCUGGACAACAAGACGUCCCUCCUCAACACGCCCCUGCUCUCCAGCCCCCGGGGGGCCCGCGACCACUUCUCCGACUCUCCCUUCAAACACAGCCUGAAGGACAGCAGCAUAGACGACUUGGAGCAGAGCGCAGAUGACGGCAGCGGCUUGGACCAAUCGGAGCUGGUGGCGGAGCUGCUGAAGGAGCUGUCCAAUCACAACGAGCGUGUGGAGGAGCGGAAGGGGGCGCUGUGUGAGCUGCUCAGGCUGAUCCGCGAGAACACGCUGCAGGUGUGGGACGAACACUUCAAGACCAUCCUGCUGCUGCUGCUGGAGACGCUGGGAGACCGGGAGCAUGUGAUCCGUGCGCUGGCCCUGCGGGUGCUGAGGGAGAUCCUGAGCAAACAGCCGUGGAGGUUCAAGAACUACGCUGAGCUCACCAUCAUGAAGGCCCUGGAGGCUCACAAGGACCCCCACAAGGAGGUGGUGCGGGCGGCGGAGGAGACGGCGGCCAUGCUGGCCCUGUCCAUCAGCCCCGACCAGUGCGUCAAGGUGCUGUGUCCCAUCAUCCAGUCGGCCGAGUACCCCAUCAACCUGGCCGCCAUCAAGAUGCAGACCAAGGUGAUCGAGAGGGUGCCCCCCGAGGGCCUGGGCGCCCUGCUGCCCGAGAUCGUCCCCGGACUGAUACUGGGUUACGACAACUCUGAGAGCAGCGUAAGGAAGUCGUGUGUGUUCUGCCUGGUGGCAAUCUACGCUGUCAUCGGAGAGGAGCUGAAACCACACCUCAGCCAGCUGUCCAGCAGCAAGCUCAAGUUGUUGAAUCUGUACAUCAAGCGCGCUCAGUCAGGCUCGGGCGGCGAGCCCUCCGCCGAGGGCCUAUAGAGUAGACGGCGCCCCCUGCAGGCCAACCGUAGGACUGCAACUCUGCCUACUGAACAACAACAACAACAACUUGCACAUCCGUUCACAAACUCAGAGCCACACCACCAGACUGGAGAACGAGAACCACAACCUGACACACGUGCAGAGACAAAAAAGUUCCACCCGACAGACCCUCACCCAUCAUUUGAGUUGUUAUUCAGCCUCAAAUCUCUAUCUUCCAUUGAAACAUGGUGCGCACACACACCCACACUCUCACACAACCACACUCUUACACACCCACACUCUCACACACCAACACACUCAAACCCACACUCACUCACACACCCACACACUCACCAACACACUCACACACUCACACUCGCGCAUUCACACUCACUCACACCCACACACACACACCAAAACUACAAUGAUGUAGCCAAAACCCACCACCAGGAGUAGAACAUGGGCAUGGCUGUUACAUUUCUCCUGAAACUGCGCCAGCACCUGGGAGUGGUCUCUGUGUGUGUGUGUGCGUGUGUGCGUGCGUGUUUGUGUGUGCGUGUGUGUGUGUGUAUAUCACUCUUUCAAAAGGUGCUGAUGAGCCGAAAGGUACGACCCCCGACCCAGCACAGCACAAGGCUCACGGUCAUAAGGGCCUUUGCAGGUCAUCCUCUGGGCAUCACAUAGAAGCAGAGUCCAACGUAUAGGAGGCAUAAUGUGCUUGGCUAUGCAUGAGACAUUUGUUUUUUUUUUAAUUAACUUUUUAUCGAGAUAACAGCUAUAGACAGUACGUGUGUCGGGUGGGGGGUGGGAGGGGGGGGUUAAAUUAACAAUGUCCAGUCCUUUCAGAAAGCCCUGUUCGGUGGCCCAACCCCCGGCAUUCCUCCAGCUCCAGGAUUGGUCCACCGCUCGGCAGAAUGUAUGGCAUGAGAUGGUUGGGCGGAGCUGUUGACGGCAUUAAUUAAUGCAGGGGCGUGGCCUAUCGUUGCAUAGCGGAUAUGUGUCUACAUAUAUGACAUUAAAACGGAGCCUCUGAUAACUGUCAUUGAGUGGAGUUCCCAUCGGAGGAGGGGGGGUGCAUGUAGCGCACAGACAGCCAUCCUCAUUUUAUUUCUGUUUUUAUUUGUCUCGCUACCCUUGUGUUCCAUUCGUUCCCUCGUUUAUUUGAGUAACAUUCUAGGUUUCACCGUUGUUUCCCUUGUGCAUUUACAAAGCUGUGCUUACAAAUAAAUAAAGAACUUGUACAGACCGUGAAAA